AUGCCGAUCGUUCAUCGAAAUGUAGAGGGAGAAAAUGAUGGAGAAUGCUAUAAAAUCAAAGGACCGAAAACUCCGUUUCUCCUCAGGCACCUGGAAAAGCACUUUAUGGAAAAGCCAGAAGAAGAACAACGCGAGAAGAAAGACAAACAGGAAUCAACAAGUGGAACAAAAAGGGAACGCUCAGAAUCGGACUCUGAUGAAGACUUCGACGAUCCAAAUGUGCCAUCCACGUCUUCAUCGUCGAAGAAGAAAAAACGCUUAGAACAACAAUCACAUAGAUAA